AUGGAGGAGGGCCGAUGGGAUGAGGCGAACCUCGAAAAGGUGCGCUUAGAAGAGAAGCAACGAGCUCGAAGGCGUCAGAUGGCACUUGAGAGCUUGAGUCUUCUCGAUCCCGCUACAUCUCAAAGCUCCGGCGACGAGCAGUCGUCAUCUAGCAUCCCCCCUAACGUUCAAGAUAUCAUCGACCGAGCCUACGAACCCAUCUGGUUUGAACGUGUCGUGGACGAAGACACCAAACAGGAGAUGAUGCGGUUCAAGGGAAACUACUGGGACUGCAAAGCCAAAAAAGAUUGGUCCAUGUGUCCGGACAUUUACUAA